GCUAUCUACUUCAGCCACGAACAAAACUCAUGAUGUCCGACAUGCUCCAUCUUAAUUGUUGGUCCCCUUUGGAAGAUUCAAACUGUGUCUUCUCUGUCGAAAUUUCAAGGACGGUCAAUGUCAGCUAUUUGAAGAAGGCCAUCAAGAAGGCCAAGACCCCUAUGUUCAAUUUUUUGUCCGCAGAUAUGCUUGACCUACGGAAGGCAAGUGAAGGAUUAGGGGUCUAGCACUUUGAUGAAUUGAUAUUUCGAAAGGUUGAUAUCAUGCCGAAGGACCUGACUAGCGUACCUGAUCCUGAAGACGGUUUCGAGCUCUGGCCAUUGACUCCACUGUACAAAUUAUUUGAUGUUGCACCUGCCGACACAAAUACCCAUAUCCCAGCCCUGCACCCUCCGGAAGGUGCGCGCCUGCUGGUUAUUAAUACCCAUGCUCACCCUCUCAAUAUCGAGCACAGAGUCUGUCGGCAUCCUCAGAAACAUCAUUCAGAAUAAGCUUAGUUAUGCGGUCAGUAAGGCAGAGGCCUGCUCUUCGUAUCUCUGGGAAGUUUCCCUGCCUCUGGACAACAGGCUCGAGGAUGAACUCAACAAUUUUAAUCCUGACUGGCGGCCGCUCUUGCCUCCCUUUUUAUUGUCUAAUGUUUUUGAUGUUCCUCCCCAGGCGGAACACCUGCAUAUUGUUAUCCGAUUGCCCCUACAGUGUAUCGUUAAAUUGACCCAAAAUAAAGACUCAUAAUGGGGAAGGGCGCUUGUGAUAGGAUCCAGGACAGCAUUUUUGGAGUCAGCUUUAUGGUGCUGAGAAGCGUUCGCAUUACUCGCCAGCAACCCAGUAUCACUUUUUGUUUCAAGGCUUGCCUCCAUUUGCGCUUCGUCACCAUCCUCUUCAUUGUCAUCUUCGGAGUCGUCCUUGUCGUCUUCGUCAUCUGUCUUCAAGCUUCUGCCAACUUUGCCUCGAAAUAUCCCUUCAUGUCUGUCAUCCGUCUGUCAUAGAAUUGUUGUGCGUUUUGUAUAGCGAGGUUUAGCUGAUGAGCAAUGACAUCCAUGUUCUGCUGCUCAUAUACAAUGGUC